AUGGAGUCAGGAAAUGCAACAUGGGACACAGACUAUAUUCUUCUGGGACUCUUCCCUACUCACAGAUACCCUAGCAUUUUUAUGUCCAUCAUCCUUCUCAUCUACUUCCUUGCAAUUCUAGGAAAUGCUACUCUUGUCUUUCUGAUAGUGGUAGACUCUAGGCUCCACACUCCCAUGUACUUUCUUUUAUGUCAACUCUCUAUCAUUGACCUGGCCUAUGUUUCAACCACUGUUCCCAAGAUGGCCAUGAAUUUCUUUUCUGGGAGCAGGACAAUCUCACGUGUUGGUUGUGGUACACAGAUGUUCUUCUGGCUGAUGUUAGCAGAUGCAGAAUGCGUCCUUCUGACACUCAUGGCUUAUGAUCGCUAUGUGGCUGUAUGUAAUCCUCUGAGAUACACAACCAUCAUGAGUCCAACAGUCUGUUUGCAGAUGGCUAUUGGGUCUUGGAUUGGAGGUGUGCUCAACUCCGUGGCACAGACAAUUUACACGAUGCAUUUUCCUACCUGUGACAACAGAGAAAUCAACCACUUCUUCUGUGAGAUGCCUGCCAUCCUGACACUCUCCUGUGAAGAUACCUCAGGAUACUUGAUGGUGAUAAUGGUUAUGAGCAUCAUAUAUAUUAUUGUGCCACUAUCACUAAUUAUAACAUCUUACCUUCGUAUCUUCCUCACCGUUCUAAGAAUGAAUUCUCCUGAAGGGAGAAAUAAAGCACUGGCUACCUGUUCUUCCCACUUGACUGUGGUGAGUCUCUACUUGGGGCCAGGAAUAGUGGUUUACAUGGCACCUGCAUCUUCUCACACUCCAGAGAUGGAUCAAGGUCUUUCUGUGUUUUAUACCAUUCUUACUCCCAUGCUAAAUCCUCUCAUUUAUAGUUUGAGAAACAAGGAAGUGAUAGGGGCUCUGAAGAAGGUUAUGUGUAGCACUUGGAUUGUUCAAUAA